CUUGCAUCAGUGUUCGGCAAGAAAGAAGUUAAACCCCCCCCCCCACGAAAUAAGGUUAAGCUGGUUUCGCAAAGCCCGGGUAGAGAUAACCGUGUGUCCACCAUCGCUCCGAGACCGUUCGGAGGUUCACCAAAUCGACCAAUCACAUUACACCGUCCGGCUUCUUCUGGGCGUCGCUUUGUCACCGAUGGUGUUCGGCGUUUAAUGCGCGUAGUUGGCUGCUACGGAGUGCUCGGAUUCUGUAGGCUUGACUUGUUGUGCCGUGGUAUCUGACCAUGCUAGGCACGGACUGGAGGUCAUCAUAAAUAGUGUCGAUGUCAGCAUCUUCCUGUUCGAUUUUGCCCAGUCCGUAACAGGCCAAAACAUCUUUCGUAAUCGAACCGCCCUUUUGUCAUAAGCCCGCUCGUAAAUCCUCAGGGUAGCAUUGUCCCGUGCUUUUCUGUUCUCCAGGCCAUAGUUGAAUCUGCGUUUCAUCCGCAUCUUCAAACCUAACCGUCAUGGGCGCUCGCAAAACGGUCCGUGUCGGCGUCUUUGUUCCCACAGAAUGUCAGCUUCUCGAUGCAUCCUGCGUUGACAUCCUGGGGACCUUGUCAUUCGAAUACAUGUCCCUCCUGCCGCCGGAUCUGAAGCCCCGAACUCUUGUGGAUCUUGCACCAAGCGUGGCCAUCCACUAUAUCGGCUCUGUCAAACCCGGUGAGGCCAUUAACAUGACCGCGAACCACAAAGUCGUGGCAACUAACCAUUACUCGGAUGAGGAGGUCGCUCCGGGAAAACUGGAUAUCGUCAUAGUACCCGGCCCUGAUCCAAGCUCAGUCUUCGAGGCGGAUUACCUGGAGUGGUUGAAGAAACAAAGUGAGAGCUCCGGGACUGAUAUUCUGAGUGUCUGUACGGGAAUCUUCCUCUGCGGUCAGGCCGGUUUGUUGAGUGGCAAAACCAUCUGUGGGCCACGAGGAAUGCAGGGAGAGAUCAAGAAGAAGUUUGGAGAGGACAUUGUGCAGAAGGGGACAGAACUGCGAUGGGUGCAAGAUGGGAAUUUCUGGAGCAGUGGUUAGUAUUAUUCUCAUCACAUUUUCUGCGCCCCUCCCCUUUCCCGUUUUGAUAUCUCUUCCUCACUCUUGUUUCUUCCCACUUCAUUUGGGCUCUUGUUUACCCCCCCCCCCCCCCCCCC